AUGUGGUCCAGCCUGAACAAAUGGUUCUGGUCGGAGAAACUCUGGCUUCGACCCAACGCCACAUGGGCUGUCCUGGAGAACCGUGACGGCCACGUGUAUCCUCAUCCCCCGGACCUGCUGGCUGCCUUGCCCAUGGCGCUUGCCCUGCUGGUCCUUCGCUUUGCUUUCGAGAGAUUCAUUGCUCUGCCCCUCAGCCAUUGGCUGGGGGUGAAGGAUCAGCUUCGGCGGCCAGUCAAGCCCAUUCCUGAGCUGGAGAGACUCUUCAUCACAGCUGGACAAGAACCCAAGGAGGCCCAGAUGGCGUUUCUGGCCUCGAAAUGUGGGCUGACACUGCAGCAGACUCGGCGCUGGUUCUUCAGACGCCGCAAUCAGGCCCGGACUCCAAUGAGCAAGAAGUUCUGUGAGGCCAGCUGGAAGUUCACCUACUACCUUUGCUGCUCCCUUAGUGGGUUUUCCAUCCUCUACCACGAAUCCUGGUUGUGGAGUCCAGUUAUGUGCUGGGACAAUUAUCCAAACCAGCCCUUGAAGUUUUCCCUGUACUGCUGGUAUCUCCUGGAGCUGAGUUUCUACAUUUCUCUUCUCAUCAUGCUGCCUUUCGACAUCAAGCGCAAGGACUUCAAGGAGCAGGUGGUCCACCACUUCAUCGCCAUCGUCCUGAUCUUCUUCUCCUACAGCUGCAACCUGCUGCGUAUUGGUUCUCUGGUGUUGCUCCUGCACGACCUUGCCGAUUUAGUUCUGGAGGUUGGUAAGAUGUUCAACUACACGCAGUAUCAGAAAGUGUGCAAAGUUCUCUUCUUUAUCUUCGCCUUAGUCUUCUUCUACACGCGCCUGGUCCUCUUCCCCACCCAGAUCCUGUACACCACCUACUACGACUCCAUAGAAGGCUCCAGCCCCUUCUUCGGCUACUACUUUCUUAACGGGCUUCUGAUGAUGCUUCAGCUCCUGCACUUCUUCUGGUUCUACCUCAUUCUGCGUAUGCUCUGCACCUUCACCUGGAAGGGGAAGAUGAAGGAUGUUCGGAGCGACGCGGAGGAGUCAAAUUCCAGCGACAGUGAGGUGGUCAAGAAAAAAUCCACCACUGCAGAAUGGGGUGGCUCACUGGUCAGGGUUGACCACCUUUGA